AGACGGCGAGGGGAGGAGGCGGCGGCGAGGUUCACGAAAGGGGAUUAGCAACGGCCGCCAAAGCGCGUGACGAAGACUCCACGUGACGUGCCAAGCACUGACGGGUCCAGCCGGAUAAAGUAGUCACAGCUCCGCCUCUCUCCUCCAUUCACUCUCCACCGCACCCCCCCCCCCCCCCCCCUCUCUCUCUCUCUCUCUCUCUCCAAUCCCAAUCGCCAUCAAAGCUUCGAUCCAGAGACGCCAGUCUGUCUUUGAUUUCCGUUUUGCAUUUUCUCCUUUUACUUUCUGUAUUCGUUAUAUGUCGUCUUCUUCUCCGUGGUAAAGGCAUCGAUCCGACACUCACUGCCAUUCGCCUUUUCUCCGUGCAUUGCUUCUUCGUGGAUCUCUGAUUCGAGAAAGAUUCCUCGUCUUUCUUUGAUAAGAUUGCUUAAGAUCUGAUUUCGUCAAACUAUGUUGCUAGUCGUGUUGGUUUCCGUAUAUAAACCUGGGAGAAAAUUUGGGCCGGCAAGGAACACUUAGGGCUGAAUCGUUUUUGGCAAUUACUCGUUACUUGGUAACAAUAGGCACCUUCAAUUUGCAAUGGCCAGCUCUUCCUUCCUGGUCAGGUAUUCUCAAAAUUGAGAAGCCACCAUUCAUAGAUUUGAUGGCAUAUGAACAAGAAAUUCACGAACACAUAGCACAAUUUGAAUCCAAUGGAGAGGUAGCAUUAAAGCAAAAGUGGAAGCCAGUUUCAGCUCCAAAAACAGCUUCAGAAAAUGCCAGUGGCUGCUUUGAUUGCAAUAUUUGCUUAGAUUCGGCAGUUGACCCUGUAGUCACUCUAUGCGGUCACCUAUACUGCUGGCCUUGCAUUUACAAGUGGCUCCAUGUGCAAAGCUCCUCGGACGAAUCAGAUGAGGAGCCCAAGUGCCCUGUCUGCAAGGCUAAUAUUUCUGAGACAUCAUUGGUCCCAUUAUAUGGGCGGGGAUCAUCACCAUCAGAAUCUGAUGCCAGGAGGCCCCAACUUGAUCUGAUCGUUCCUCACAGACCACCUGCUCAUGGAUCGCAUACCCUGCUGACUCGUGGAACCUCAGUGGCUUCCCAUCCGAACCACCAGCAGUUUCAUUCUCACCCUUUCCACCAGGCACAUCCUCAGCCAUUUCAUCACCAACAAUACUUCCCUCACCCUUAUGGUAACUAUGAUUCCACGUCACCUUCCAACUUUAGCAGCACAGCGAUGGCCAGCAGCAUCUUCAGCCCAACAGUCGGCAUGUUUGGAGAGAUGAUCUUUGCAAGGAUCUUUGGCAGCUUGGAUGCAAGUUUAUUUCCAUAUCAUUACUCAAACGCAUACCCUCUGACGGGGAAUGGGAGCCCGAGGAUGAGAAGGCAGGAGAUGCAGGUGGAGAAGUCUCUCAGCAGGGUAUCCAUCUUCCUGUUCUGUUGCUUUGUCUUGUGCCUUCUCUUGUUCUGAGUGUCCUGCCUUUGCUUGCACCACCUGUAUAGCUGUAACAACACCGGAUUAGCAACACAUAAAUAUGUAUACUACAUACUAAAACUGAGAUUCUUUGGGGGGGGUGUGGUUUGGAGAUGUCUCUUCUUCUGAGAUGAUUUUUGUCUCCCCUGUAAGAUAUUUCCACUAAAUUAUGAUUAAGCUUCUGCUUCUGUUGAUCACAUUGACUGGUUGACUCUUCUUCUGCAUCUUUCAUCUGGAUGUAGAAGGAAUGAGCACUUGGACUGUAGCUGUUUUACAAUUAAUUAAUGUGAUUAUGUGAAGGCAAGGCUUUUGUUUCAGUAUUA